AUGGCAGGGAUACCCAAUGCUGGCCAUUCCACCAAUGGACUUAUCAACUUCUUUUCCAAGGACUAUGCUGCCUCCCUUGACGCCACAGACCCAUUAUCACAUUUUCGGGCAGACUUUUAUAUCCCAUCACUGGCAGAUCUCAAAAGACCGACGCUUGCAAAAUCUCCCGAAGAAGAGCCUUCCCGGCCUUGUACAUACUUGUGCGGUAAUUCUCUAGGUCUCCAACCCGUCCGAACAGCAUCCCUCAUCAACUGCUUCUUAACGCAAUGGCGAACAAAAGGUGUGACAGGCCAUUUCGUCGACCACUCCGAUUCCCCUUUGCAACCUUUUCUGCAUAUAGAUGAUCAUGCGGCAAAGCUGAUGGCCCCAAUCGUGGGAGCGGUCGAAUCCGAAGUCGCUGUCAUGGGCUCUUUGACUGCCAACCUGCAUUUCCUGAUGUCAAGUUUUUAUCGGCCGAGCGCAAAGGGCGAAGGUCGCUGGAAGAUUCUUCUUGAGGGUAAAGCUUUCCCAAGCGACCAUUAUGCCGUUGAAUCGCAAAUCGUUCAUCACGGACUUGAUCCGGCAGAAGGGAUGAUUUUAUUGGAACCAGUCGACCCCCAACUCCCCAUCAUACCCACGGAGCAAAUCCUUCGGGCCAUCGACAAGCAUGCAUCCGAGCUCGCCUUAAUUCUCCUCCCUGGAAUCCAAUUUUACACGGGACAGUACUUCGACAUAGCCACGAUCACGGCUCACGCUCAUUCCCGUGGUAUUCUGAUCGGCUGGGACUGUGCUCACGCAGUUGGAAAUGUCGACCUGAAGCUUCAUGACUGGGACGUUGACUUUGCCGCUUGGUGUAGUUACAAAUAUCUCAACUCCGGCCCAGGAGCAAUGGCUGGAAUAUUCGUCAACGAGAGGUUUGGUAAGGUCGACCUGGACAGCUCGACGCAGAAAUUCUGGCCACGUCUGUCGGGAUGGUGGGGAGAUGAUAAGUCCAGUAGAUUUCAGAUGACCAACAACUUUGUCCCCAGACCUGGAGCGGCAGGUUACCAGCUCUCAAACCCCAGCGCCCUCGAUCUUUCCGCGGUUGUUGCAUCGUUACAAGUCUUCAACGAGACAACAAUGAAAGAGCUCCGAGAAAAGUCCCUGGAAUUAACCAAUUACCUGGAGCAGUUGUUGGAUGCAAUGGCACUGAAGGCGCCUGGAGUUUUGGACAUCAUCACCCCAAGAGAUCCCAAAGAACGAGGGGCGCAGUUAAGUAUUCGGUUGGCGCCGGGUCUGCUGGAUGGUGUGCUGGAGCAUCUUGAACGUGAAGGAGUCAUUGUCGACGAGAGAAAACCAGAUGUCAUCAGAGUGGCGCCAGCACCGUUGUACAACUCCUUCAUGGAUGUCUUUGAAUUUUCCCAAGUGCUGGAGGCGGCCUUAAAUAAGGCGUCCGACGCUUCGAAAAGCGGAACUUCGUCCACUCGGGGAGACUCUUCGCCUCGCGUUGGCUAA